CUCACUUUUUCCUUAUUUCUUCGCCUUCGUUCUCUCUAGUACCAGAUUUCCGAUUUAUGUUAAAGUUUACUAUGUUGCCUCAAGUAGAACAAACUGUUAUAUAUUUGUUUCCCCGUUUUUAGACCCAGUUCUCCCAAUACUUCUCAGGGAACUUCUUCUCGUCAAGCUAAAGUACCACCUGCGCCAGAUGAAUGUUGAAUUUUCAGGAACUUCACUUUCACGAAUUGUCGCUGUUCACCCACAAUGUUAAAGUAGAGAAUAGAGACGCCAAAUAGGCUACGGGAAAAGUAAGGGUUUCAAGAUGUGGUGAAGAUCCUAGUAGAGAAGGUACCGGAAAGGGGUUAAAGAUGUGGUGAAGAUCCUCGUAGAGAAGGGCUGACUUUGGAACUUCUUCUAGGAUCUUCUGUCCUCCAACAGUGGUGGAACCUCCAGGAACGAGCUGAUUUAGGACUCGAUCCAGCUUUUCCCAUAAGCUGAAGCCGAUCAUAAGAAUCAGUAGUAGCUGGAAGACUCGCUCAACCACACCCUUGAACAUUCCCGAGAACUGCAGCAAUAACCAAGGCCAUUGCUGCAGCCGCCUUCAAUCACAAUCAUCAAGAUGGUUCCGCUCCGUGUGGUCGAGCAAGAUGAGGGGUCGGAGGACUUCGAUCUGUCCCGAGGACAGAUUAAGGAGUUUGCGAACUCUCUUUUGCAUGAGUACCAACAGGAUUUGGAGAUGCGGGAAAUUCACAAGGCCAGUCUACUACAGAGAAAAAUGCGAGAGCUGGCGACGCAAAAGAAACAUGCAGAAGAACCUGGAAACAUUGGGAAUACGGAAGGUAGUGCUUAGUUUAAAAUAAACUUUAAUAGAAUUUCUUGCAGCAGUGGUCGAUCUUGAUGUCUAUUUUUAACAAUAUCAUGUCAAGUAGUGCGAAGUUACUAGCGUGGCUUCUUCUUACCACGACCUCUCUUCUCGUCAUUUCAACCUAUAUCCUCAUUACAACUAUCACUACUCAGGCAUGAAAGAAGUUGAGUUUCUCAAUUGGGUGAAGAAGGAGAUGGAUGACGAGGCUGCGUGCCUUUCGCUUCCUUUUAAGGCUGUAGUACUUCGUGUUGAAAUUCAAAUCUUUGACUGCAUCCGUGAAGAGUUUUAUGGGAAAAUAUCACAAGGGAAAUGCUCCACCAUAUCGUUCAAGGAUGCAGCUGAAGAAAGAUGAAUCGCGGCGGGCUCUAAUCCUUGCUCCAUCGGUCUGGUCGUAAUGUUUGCGAUUUCCGUUUUGUGCCACUUCGGAAUAUCUUACCAAUACGACAUUACCAAUUCAGCCACAAACUGGGUCGUGGAAAAUGCAAACUUCGCAAUCGAUACGACAAGUACUGUAGUCUUGCAUUUAUUGACAAGUAGUUCUUGUUCUUUACUAACGAUGAACAUGUACACCUGUAACGAAUAUUUUUUCCACGAGAUUUAUUAUGGUCCAACUAGUACCUCAAUACAUGCACCUCAACAUGAUGAUCCAAACAGAUACCUGGGGAAUCAAGGGCUUUCAUGAUGUGCACAACAUCGCUGAUUGGUACUCGUUUAUGCGUCUCGGGUAUGUCCCACUGAUGCUUCACAAGGGAACCUCAUGGUCUGAAGAGUUUGGCACGACAGGAACAGUAACGACAACACCAGUUAAGGCUAUUAAUACUUAUUCUUUAAUUUUUGCUUUAUAUCGAAUUCUCUAUGGAGUGCAUGAGGAUCCCUCUUCCAUUCCCUACGUAACCAUUGCUGUUGAUGGUCAUCUACGAGCAGGGUCCACGGCUUCAUGCACGUAUUGUCGAAGAUUCUUGUAGAACCAAUGAACAAGCACGGUAAAAACUACCACAAGGAGGCUACUCCGUCCUCUCCACUCUAGUAUUCCUCCACCACAGAGACAGAGAUGAACCAAAAAAAUGCCGACCUCCCUUUUCCUCUUCUAAUCUCUCUAUCAAGCCAAGCGAUUUGAUGAAUCACAACCACAUUAUCAGUGAUAUCAGAAUCACCUUGCGGAAAAACAAGAGCUCAGGCAAGUGCUCCUCUACGAUGCCAGAGGAUUUCAGAAGUGGUUUCGGCACAGAUCCAAGCAUUAUAUGCUACGAUAGUCCGGGAAGGUACUUGAUGAUAUCUUCUUGUUGAAAUAUUCUCUUUCUAGUACGACGGAGAGCAUUCAGUAAAAUCAAACAUGUUCUUUCACGUACUAGAGCAUUUUCAUACGAUGAAUUUGAAAACAUCUUCAUGGUUGACAUUGAUCCUGUACAUAGUAUACGUAACGGUCACAUAAAGUCUUCACCCUUUAUUUCCCCAAAACCUCUCCAGCUUCGAGAUCCAGAACCACUACGCGGACCUUGGUUUGUCUCUGCUUGCCGAUGUCUGGUCAACUGAUAACGUGAACGGGGAAGGCAACAAAGACGUCUACUAUCUGGAGAUUGCAAAGGACAUAACAACCCUAAACAACGAACUACGUGCCAAAGAAGAACAGAAUUGGAUCUCCGAAGACACCUAUAAAAUCGAGGUGUCCACGUUGAAUGUGAAUCGGGCGUUUGGCCUGGUGUCCCUAGUGACGAUGCACUUCGUCAUGCUGCCUGGAGGUUUUCUGCGGAAGGAUAUGACGGUGUCGUCACAUUGGAUGUCGGACUUCGGACCCUGGUACGGGGACAUGGCGCCGCUGUUGACAGUGCUUGAUGUCUUGUGGGUACUACAACUACCGGUUCGUUUUUACCUCUAGCGUGUAACCCUUCCAACAAUACUUUCAAAAACAAUAAUUGGUUGCUUUGAUCUUCUGGAUCGACGUGCUAGAUAAAUAUGUACAACUUGGAGCAUCCUGCUUGAUGAUCAUGUACAACUUGUCGUGAGAUUCGCUUGAUGAUCAUGGACAACUUGUCGUGAGAUUCAUUGUUCCCUACUUAUAUAUAAAGAUUCACCUCCUUUGUCAACAACGUCUUUCUUUCGCCAUGCUGCCUUUCGCCACAUACAACUACAUCAAAGGAACAUCAACUGUAUUUUGACCAUCUCGACUACACUCCUCGACUACAUCAAAUCAACAGCUUUUGACCAACGUGUCGAUUUUGAUCUCGGAGCUUUGGGACAUCCGAUCGCAGCUAAUCCAUCAUGGGAGCGUCAAGGAGUUUGCAUCUAACUACUUGGGCAUCUGGAACACGAUAGACUGGCUGAUCAUGAUUUCCUGUAUCCUAGUGAUUUAUCGUUUUGUGCAGCUUUCGAAUGGUAUUAGUGACCUUGCGCUUCUAGGAAAAUCAGGAGCCUUCGAGAUGUUUGAGAGUGGGUCGACCAACGCCGCUGCGCGGGAAGUCUACCGUCCACUGCUUUACUCGCAGAUCGAGAAGAACUUAGCCCUCCAAGAAGACGUGAAACUGCAAGUGCUGGGCUAUUUGGCGAUUUCCCUAGGGAGAAUGUUCAAGGGCUUCAGUGCGCAACCAAGGUUGGGGUUGGUCACGAACACGAUGUAUCGUGCUGGCAGCGACAUCAUCCACUUCAUGAUCGUCUUUUUGAGCGUCUUCUUCGCCUUCGCCAUCAUGGGUCUGCUCCUGUUUGGGAACUACGUCAAAGAUUAAGGCAGAAAAUAUACAAAUACAUCGUAAUUCUAAUUCAUCUUACGAGCAGCAGGCAUCUUACUUUGACUCCUUUUCUUUGUAAGGGAAAAACACGUCAUCAAGGUCAAAGAUGCUGCUUGUUUUCAAGGAAGAUGAAUAUCAUAUAUAUGAGGUCUAAAAAGAGUGGCAUAACUUCGGCAAUGCGAUUAUGAGCUGUUGGAGGCUGGUAGUAGGUGACUUCGACUACGACGAGUUGGCGGGAACGGCCUGGGUUGGGGUUGCGCUCUAUUUCACAACAUUCACAGUGCUGGUUGUGCUCAUCAUGCUGAACAUGCUCUUGGCGAUCAUUGUGGAGACGUAUGUGGAGGUACUCUUACUGUUGUGGUUAAUAUUGUUUGUGUUUCUAGUUAGUUGUAACUACAGGACAAAGAUGUGAAGAAGGAAUAGGAAAUGUGUCCUUUGCUUAUCCUUGUUUGCUGGGUUGAUGUAGGAGGUCCUUCCCGACAACAAGAAGAAAUCGUACCUCACGGAUCCGUCGACUCACUCACACCAUCGUCGAACAAUGCAGGUAAAAAGAGAAAAAACCGAAAAAGCAGAGACCCUGUACUCGCAAGCCAUGGAGUCUCUAGGCCGUUAUAUUAGGAAGAAGAGGAGGUUACGGGUAGGCCUCGAGGAGAUUUACGACAGGUUUUUGGGAGUAGCGAAGCGAAGGAUAAUGAUCAGGAGAGAAUUGGAGCAUCGACACGCCAUGGUCGUAGGUGGAAAGUUAGAAGCAGCAACAACGGAGGAGGCGUACUUUUCUUACCACUUAAAUUUUACGUUUUUUCGUUCCUAAUUGAUAAGAUAAGACUCACCGUCUUCAGCAGAACAUUUUACCGUGGUAAGCAGAAAUCCGUCAGUUCUGCUUAGAUUUAUCAGAGAAUGAAAAUCUUCCUGGUGCUGAUCUUGACUCCAACCUACCAGGCGCCGAGAGCAGCGCUUAGAGGCUAUCCUCGCUGGAGGCGAAGCAUCGAGAUACAGCUUUUUUUGGAGACUCCUAGUCCGCGGUCCGGCUGGCCUCUUUAUCGGCGAUUCCGAACGAUACCAGUUUGAGGAUGAGCAACUUUUCAUUCCUACGCACAUGGUGUUGGACUUCAUCACCUCCGAACAACGGUAUGUGACACCUGCCAAGCUGAAGUUGAUCAUGCCUAACAUUCCUUUAGCGCAGGCUGAGAGGUUAGUCAAGACUGCCUUGAUCGACAUGGACGCGACGGUAGAGAUGGUGAUACCUCCAGAAACAGCAACCGAGGCGUUGUAUACGAUGUUGGGGGACGAUUUGUCCGAAAUGGUCGACAAAAUUGGCAGUCUAGAGAAAAAGAUCACGCAAUUGACGACAACAAUAGGCGGAGACGCGGGAGGAGGGGCUUCUUUGGAGAAUAGUGCUAGUAGAGGCGGACCAGGACCAGGAGGAGGAGACUUCAAUCCAAGAUCACGGACUGGAAAGCCACUACCAAUAUUAGCAGCAGGCGAAGCAUUACCGGACGAGCAGCAGCCGCCGACGCAAAUGACCCGUGGAUCGCAAGCAGUGAUGCGAGUGGACAGAGGUACGAGUGCAAGAAUGUCCUCAACGGGGAUGGGAGUAGGCACUUCCUCAACAGGAGUAGGCUUAUUCGGUCAAAGACAGCAGGAAAUGCAGGAGCUGAAAGAUCAAGUAGCUGAACAGAAUCAGAUGCUCCGAGACCAAGCACUUCAGAUAGCAGAUCUAAAGCAGCUUUUGAUUACCCAUGUACUGCCACCUGGAGCUCACGUGGGAGGAGGACCCGGACCUGGCGGAAAUUCAGCCUGCUCUGGCUCAUCGGCUAACGCAGGUAGUAGAGCAGAGCAAAGAACAGCUGCAGGAGAACAGCGAAGAAGAAACAAGAGUGCCGAAAAUUCGCCAAGCAAGUGUGGAAGUCUUGUCUUCUGUAACAGGCCUGAGCGACCGGAUGAAGCGGACGAACUGAUUAUUGCGACUGCGCAUAUCACCACGGGCGAUGAUGCUUAACAUCUUCUUCGUUCACAACUGUUGUACUUAAUACCCAUACUUGUAAGUACUACGUGUAAACUUAGACAUGAUACAGAUAAAUUGUAGUUGGUGUACUAUUGUAUUUGAUUAAAGCUUCCACCGUUGUAGACCUUGUCUUUUCUCAUUCUCUCGAAAUUUUUCAAAAAGAAUCAUGAGUAGCAGGAUCAUCAUCUUCAGGUAUUUUUUGAUUUGUUUCGCUUUGUUGAACAGACGAAGUCACACCAGUCCAAGAACCGAUAUUAUAUUGUAGAGGCCUGAAUAGAAGGUACUAAACAAAUGAUCCUCCACCUAUGUACUCACUCCUUACUAUACAAGAUACAAAUCAUCAUCCAGAAUCAUCCAAAUCAUCAUACAAAUCAUAUCGAUUUAGCUACAGAUUCAAAGCCAUUUUUACAGUGCUUUUUUCAAGAUUCAAAGCCAUUGUUUACAUAUUACGCUCAGUCGUUACUACAAAAUUAAACUACUCCUGGUAGAUCAUUCGAUGUUGUGAAAUUAAAAACCUAACGACUGUGGCUGAGCCUCAUGCUUUCUCUCUGAUAGUGUUUGAAGUUUGACAACCUUGAAAAUGUUACUUGAAGAACAAUGAUGAAUCAAGAACACCAGCAUGCUACUGCUACAGUGAUUGUGAUUGUGCUGCUAACUUUUUCAGAUCCAGAUGGAACCCAUAAUAUUAGCAAUAAACUACAAACAAAUGGGAGGACGUUCACGUUGCGUCUGAAAGAAGUCAAGAGGUUUUCGUUCCGGGAUGCUAGACUUACUAACAACGACUAAAAAGAGCGCGCAAGUCACCGUCGAGGCUGGUUUCUUACGCAAAAAAAAUCGACGAGCUUCAGCUAGAUCUAGUACAAGAGCUUCAAUGGAUCAAUCAUACUCCAAUUCCGAAA